AUGGAUGUUCAGAAGUAUUUGCUACGCAUUGGGUACGCGGGACCAGCUUUGCCAACGCCGACCCUGGACGCGCUCCAGCGUGUACACUGCUGUCAACUGAGGACUGUCCCGUUCGAGAACCUCACCAUCCACAGCGGGGGGCGCGUCCGACUCGACCUCCCGCACCUCUAUGAUAAAAUUGUUAACCACCGCCGCGGAGGGUUCUGCUUCGAGAAUAACGGGCUGUUCUCCUGGUUUCUGUCAGAAAUGGGAUUCGAGGUCACCAUCCUAGCGGGACAGGUGAGAAACGCCAUCACAGGGCGGUAUGGCCCGCCGAACGACCACUUAAUCUCAAUGGUGACGCUCGAGGGGCACCGGUGGCUGAGUGACGUGGGAUUUGGUGGGUCAGGGUUCGAGUUCCCCAUGUCCUUAGAGACUGAAGAACCCCAGAAGCAGGGCCACAGAGUGUACAGGAUCAGACAAGAGGGAGAGAUGCGCUUUCUGGAGUGGCAAGAUGAAGAGAAGAGAGAAACUGGGCUCUGGACUGAGCUAUACAAGUUCACUCUGGAUACACGCUGCAGAGAAGACUUCAUAGAGAUGUGUGACUACCAUCAGAGCUCCCCUAGCUCCAUCUUCUUCUGUAAGUCUCUCUGCUCCAUCCUGAAGCCCACCGGGAGGCUCACCUACAUGGGCCACAGACUCAUCACCACCAAGUUUCCCUCAGAGGAAGGAGGGAAUGUGACUAAAACGACCAGAGAGCUGACUGAGGAAGAGAUUCCCGACAUACUAAAGGAGGAGUUCGGAAUCGUGCUGGAAUCUCCACUUGUCCCAAAGGAUGAAGCUAUCACACCACCCCCCAUCAUGUAUUAA